CUGGUUCCUUGUCACUGCCUGCGUCACUAACCCAGGAGUUUUCCACUAACGAAAAGGCUGAGCUCCUGAUGAGAAGGAGUCAGAGCAGGAGGAGCCCUGCCUGGAGCAGCAUUCACUGCAGCCUUGUCUAGACUAUGCGAGGGGAGCUGACCCAGGAGCUUGCACUCGGCUUAUGAUCUGCCAGAGGAACCAGGGGAAGGUCUGUGACACCUCCGUGCUAACCAUGAGUGGAAUACUAAAGCGGAAGUUUGACGAACUGGAAGAUGACUCCACCUAUUCUUCUUCAUCUUCAUCACCGUCCUCAUCCAACACUUCAUCGGGAGGGGAGUCUGAUGAUGAGUAUGCCCCCAGCCCCAGGCCUUUGAUCAAAGAUUUCACCCCUACUUCCAUCUUGAAAAAGGCAAAACGCGUUAAGAAAAACAAAGUGGAAUUUGACCAAGUGACCGUGUUUUAUUUCCAACGGUGCCAAGGCUUUACCAGCAUUCCCAGCCGAGGUGGUUGCACUCUUGGCAUGAAGCGCAAGCAUUGCUCCGUAAGGCAUUACACACUGGAAGAAUUCUCUAAGGAACAGCUAAGCCGACGGAGGGAGAGAAUGAAGGAACGGUUAAAAGAAGAGAAGCUCCUGACUUUAAAGAACCUGUUCACAAUGAAUGGAACUAUAGAGUCCGAAAAGGCCAAAAACCUCUCCAUUGAUGACAUCUGUGACGAAGACAUCGAUAUGAACAAUGCAGAGAUUGAUGAUGGCUUUUCUCCACGCAUGUAUCCUCCCAAGAAACGCAGAGUUUUGCUUAAAAGUGAAGGUGUGAAGAAGAUUGACAAAUCUGAAAAACACGAGCUAAAUGAAAUCAGGAAAUCGAGAAAGGACUGCGGGUGUGAUUGUCAAGACUUCUGUGAUCCAGAGACCUGUGCUUGUUACUUGGCAGGAAUCAAGUGUCAGAGAGAUCAUUCAACCUUUCCGUGUGGUUGUACAAAGGAUGGUUGCGACAACCCAAAUGGAAGAGUAGAAUUCAAUUCAUCCCGGGUCCAAACCCACUUUUUACACACGGUCAUGAAACUCGAGUUGGAGGAAAAGAGUCAGAGCAAUGACAGUGACAGCAAUGAAGAGCCUGAAGACUCCGACAGUGAGAUACUUAAUCUGUUUGGUGGUCCAACUGUAACAACUAAUGUAACUGAAGAAAGAACUGCUCCCCUGACCACAUCCUAUCAGUUCAGCAUGGACUUGGAAGCUUCUGGUGAGAAUAGUUGCAGUAGUGACGUAACUGAUAUCUCCACGUCAUCCAACCAGAGUGAAGACUCCGAAGAGCCUUAUGAAACUACUCCUUCUGACAAAUCCCAGUCCGAUGUUGACGAUGACUAUUUGGCAAGGAUUCUCCAUUUCAAUGACUCGGAGUAUGAGGAGAACAGCACUGACUGCCAAGAUAAUUUAAGCUUUUUUCAUCCGGCAGAUUUCUUUUGUGAUAAUGUUUACGAGUCUCUUUCUAAUACAGGAAAACCUACUAGUGGGAUCUACCCAAGUUCAUUAUCGGACAUUUCCAAAUGCAUAGAUGAAAAUGCAAAUCAAGGAGUAGAUUGCUUUUCUGAUGACAGGACAUCUGUGGCAACAUCUAAUGAAUCGACUGAUUCUGGAAACAAUGUGGAACCCCAUUUUAAAAACUAUAUGGAUAUCAGCCUUUCCUCAGACUGUUUUGAGUUGGUUUAUCCUGACUACAACUUGGGGCCUCUUUAUAACUCGUUAAAGGAGUAUGAUAAUUUAACAUAUCAGCCAGUUCAUAUUCCAGGAUUUUCCCAAACUGCAGACCCUCAUGCAAGCUUUCUGGAAUCAUUAAUUGGUUCAUCUGAAUCCAUUCCAGAUACCUCUGUCCCUUUUACGGAUAAUCAACUUCUUCUUGAAGAUGCUUUCAAGUCGUCUUUUAUGGAAUCGCUCAUAGCCUAGAAUGUGAUAACCGACUGAUGAACUGUGGUUUUGUUACAGUUAUGAAAUGGAUUGAAUGUUUCUAUCUUAUUUUUACAUGGAUUUAAAAAAAUAUAUAU